AUGCUAUCCAGUCUUUCAUGGUUGGACGAAGCGGGGUCAGGCGACGGCAUAGCGCACCAUGGAGUGGGCAGCCUAGAUCCGACGGUCCCUCAGACCCAGGCGUACACCACCUGCCCGGAUGGUGGCCAGACCGCAGAGAGCAAGGAUGCGGCGGCUUGCAGCUCUUUUUUCAUUAUUCGGCAAGUUCCCACUGGAGAUAUGACUUUAAAUAUAGCACCGCCUUAUCGUAUCUCCCUUAUAUAUAGAAUAUUAUAG